AUGCCCACAGACAGACCUGCUCCACCUGGAGCAGAUUUUGAAGCCAGUUUUGUACGGCUUUUAGAUAAAAUAACCAAUGGCUCUCGAAUUGAAAUAAAUCAAACAGGAACUACCUUGUAUUAUCAGCCUGGGCUCCUGUAUGGUGGGUCAGUGGAACACGACUGCAGCGCCCAUCGGAGCAUUGGGUACUACCUGGAGAGUCUUCUUUGCCUGGCCCCCUUCAUGAAGCACCCUUUAAGAGUAGUUCUCCGAGGCAUAACCAAUGACCAGGUCGACCCUUCAGUAGAUGUUCUGAAGGCAACAGCCCUCCCUUUAUUGAAACAAUUUGGAAUUGAUGGUGAAUCUUUCGAGCUUAAGAUUGUCCGAAGAGGAAUGCCCCCAGGAGGGGGAGGGGAAGUCUUCUUCUCUUGUCCUGUGAGGAAGCUGUUGAAACCCAUUCAGCUCACAGACCCUGGCAAAAUCAAACGUAUCCGAGGAAUGGCUUACUCUGUACGGGUAUCGCCUCAGAUUGCCAAUCGCAUCGUGGAGUCUUCUCGGAGCAUCCUUAACAAAUUCAUUCCCGAUAUCUAUAUUUACACCGACCAUAUGAAAGGGAUCAACUCUGGAAAGUCUCCAGGCUUUGGACUCUCACUUGUUGCUGAGACCACCAAUGGUACCUUUCUCAGCGCGGAGCUGGCCUCAAACCCCCAGGGUCAGGGAGCAGCGGUGCUCCCUGAAGACCUUGGCAGGAACUGUGCAAAGCUAUUGCUGGAAGAGAUUUAUAGAGGAGGUUGUGUGGACUCCACCAACCAGAGUUUAGUUCUGCUCCUCAUGACCCUUGGACAGCAGGAUGUUUCCAAAGUCCUGCUAGGACCGCUGUCUCCCUACACAAUAGAAUUUUUGCGACAUUUGAAGAGUUUCUUCCAAAUCAUGUUCAAAAUUGAAACUAAGCCAUGUGGUGAAGAACUCAAGGGAGGGGAGAAAGUACUGAUGACAUGUGUGGGAGUUGGCUUCUCAAACCUCAGCAAGACCAUCAAGUAACAUCACUUCCAGUUUCAACUCAGACCAGACCAGACUGAAGAGUGAAGACUCCUGAAGGCUACCAUAUAUCCAUUUAGGACAAGACAGUCACAUGCACUAAAGACUUUUUCUUCCCCCUUUUUUUCUUUUUUAUAAGACAUUAAAAAUAAAAGACAUUUGAAUAAUGUAGUUACCCACCCGAUUCCCCCUCCUAGGGGUAAGCACCGCAUCCAAGUUUGCGCAACGUAAGAGAUUCUCUCAGAAACAUGGGAGAGUAUGUGAAGUAAGUUUGUUGGGAGGCUGCCCUAUUGCCUCAGCCUGGGGAUUUCUAGCCAGGUGGGCGUCCUAGUCCCUAUUUGGGGCUAAGAUGGUGGGUAAGCAUCUCUUUCAGCAAGACCGUUUUGGAACCCUAAGUUACAGACUUUCAUACUGAUCUCCCACUGCAUGGGCCACUAUCUCGGGCCCAGAUCCCUGCACUCCAUCUUGUCCUGCUCAGGGAGAAUCUUGAGGCAGAGACUGGAUGACCUUUACUGCACAGAAUCCCACAGUUGGAGGAAACCUAGUCAUCUGGUCCAUCCCAUGAAUACCUGAAUGAGAAUCUUUCUAGCAACCUACCCCACAAGAGGACAUUUAGCUUCUGUGUGAAGACCAGCAGUGAAAAGCACACACACCCCACCCCCACUCCUACUUUCCCAGGGCAGCCCAUUCCCUGUUUGAAGUUCAGAACCUUUUUGAGAGCUCUGGAGGUGUUCCAGAGCAGUUUGCUGCUUAGGUUUGGUUUGGAUUAGAGCCUUGGUGUUUUGGAGUCGGGACCUGGGUUCAGAUCCCACCAGAUAUUUACUCUCUAUAUGACCCUGAGCAAGUCAUUUCACUGACUAGAGCCUUAGUUCCAUCAUUAAAAUAAAGGGGUUGGACUAGAUGGCCAUGGGAUCCAGCUUUCAAAUUAUGAUCCUUUGACCUCUUGAGGUCCCUUCCCACCCUGGGAUUCUGUAUCUCUGGUGAGCCAACUCCACCGCAUUGGUGAGGAGAGCCAUGAAGGCCCAGAUCACAUCCUGUGGGAGGUACCACAAGUACAUAGAUGGCGGCGCCUUGAACUACUUUACAUUCUUCAGGAUCUAGGUUUACAUAUAGUUCUUUGAACCACAAGUUUGGUUUUCCUGUUAGGCCGGAUUGAAAAAAAGUUCAGAAGCACCUUUCCCAGAGUAUCCAUCAUUAUCUCUGUACUCAAUCAUGAGGACCACUCAGUUACCCCAUUUCUAUUCAUUGGCCUGAUAAGGAUCUGGCCAAGGAGAAGAGCUUAUAGGUCAUGAUCCCUUUCUUUUAAAAAAAUGUUUCAUUGA